UUAUCUUGAAAUGAUCCACAGGAUUCGAGUCUCCCAUCCUGCACGGCCUGUGUUCGUUUGGCUUCGCCGCUCGUCACGCUCUGAAGCAGUACGCAGCAAACGACGUGUCCAGAUUCAAGUCCAUCAAGGUGCGUUUUGUGAAGCCCGUGUAUCCGGGACAGUCUCUGCAGACGGAGAUGUGGAAGGAAGCGAACAGGAUUCACCUGCAGUGUAAGGUCAAGGAAACCGGUGAUGUGGUGCUGUCUGGAGCGUAUAUAGAUCUACACGCAGAUGCGUCUGUCAGCGCCGGGCCGCCGCAGACGGACGGCCUGCAGAGCGACCUGGUGUUCGCUGAGAUCGGACGCAGGAUCAGAGACGCGGGUCACGAGCUGGUGAAGAAGGUCAACGCUGUGCUCGGAUGGGAGAUCAGCAAAGACGGCCGAACCGUCCGAGAGUGGACCGUGGAUCUGAAGACGGGCCGCGGAUCUCUGCACACUGGAGCCUCUGAAGCAGACGUGAUCUUCAGCGUCUCAGACGAGGACUUCAUGGAGGUGGUGACGGGAAAACUGAACCCUCAGAAGGCGUUUUUCUCCGGCAAGCUGAAAGUCAAAGGGAACAUCAUGCUGAGCCAGAAGCUGGAGGCCGUGCUGAAGGACUACGCCAAGCUCUGAAGAUCCACGCCGUCGCUCGAAGCUUCUGAAGGAGAAUCAUCUCCACUAAUGAGAGCACUGCAAAACAUCAUUCUCUUGCUUAGUGUUUGUGUCUUGUGUUCUAGAAUAAAUAUCUAAACAUUCUCGAAUCAUGAUGUGU